AGAGCGGCGCCGCACACACAAUGGAGUCGGACGUGCACAGGCUGGAAGGUGUCCGAUCCUGAGAGACAGAGCGGGAGGAAGAAUGCUGUGAACCCCUGGAAGAGCUGGAGGUGGAAGGUUUCCGGGCCCGCGCCGGCAGCAGCGACGCUUGUGCACUGCCGGACGUGGACUUUAAAGCGGACAGAUCACCGGGCUGCGUGUGAUAGAAGAGGUGGAGCUGCACACACAGGAACCCAACACACCACCUCCACACACACCUCCGGGAAACACACACACACAACCCCCACCAGAGAGGAAACAUGUCCGAGGUCAGCAUCGCCAAACGCAAGAAGUGUGAGAACUGCACCAAGCAGUGCAACAAGAAGAAUACUGAUGAGGUUGUCGACUCAAACCCGGAGCCAGAAAUUGUUAAUGGAGAGGUGAAAGACGCCUCUCAGGUUCUGCUGAGCGCCUGCCUGUCGUGUGACGGCUGCCUGUCGGAGGAGGACAGCCUGAAGAUCUCCAAGCAGAGCCUGGAGGAGGUGGAGCGGAUCCUGGAGCUCAAUCAGAGGUGCGACGUGUCGAAGCACAAGGUGCUAGUAGCAUCGGUGUGUCCGCAGUCGCUGCCUUUCUUCGCCGUCAAGUUUGGGGUGGACGUCACCGAGGCGGCGCACAAACUCAGCGGCUUCCUCAAGACUCUGGGAGUGAAGUUUGUGUUCGACACCACUCUGGCUGCCGGCUUCAGCAUCCUGGAGAGUCAGAAGGAGUUCAUCCAGAGGUAUCGCCGGAGGAACCAGGACGCCCACGCCCUGCCCAUGUUCACCUCCUCCUGCCCCGGGUGGAUCCGCUAUGCCGAGCGCGUCCUGGGCAGUCUGGUCACCCCUCAUAUCUGCACAGCUCGCUCACCUCAGCAGAUCAUGGGCUGUCUGGUCAAAGACUACUUCUCCAAACAGCAGCAGAAGCUGAGUCCAGAGAAAGUUUAUCACGUGGUGAUAGCGCCCUGCUUCGAUAAGAAGGUGGAGGCUGUCAGAGAGGAGUUUUACAACAGUCUGCUGGAGACCCGGGACGUGGACUGUGUCCUCACCUCAGGAGAAAUCUAUUACCUGAUGGAGCAAAGGAAGGUGUCAGUGGAGGAGCUGGACUCAGUUCCACUGGACCAAGUGCUUGGAGAGGCGGGAGAUGAAGCUCUGGUGAGGCACGACGGCCGAGGUUCAGAGGGCUUCCUGGAGCACAUCUUCAAACAUGCUGCUAAAGAGCUUUUCGGCCUGGACAUCCAUGAGAUCACAUACAGGACCCUCAGGAAUCGGGACUUCCAGGAGGUGACGCUGGAGCGUGACGGGGAGACGCUGCUGCAGUUUGCAGCAGUCUAUGGGUUCAGGAACAUCCAGACUCUGGUCCAUCGCAUGAGAAAAGGACGUGUGCCGUACCACCUGGUGGAGGUGCUGUCCUGCCCUGGAGGGUGCCUGAGCGGCCGCGGUCAGGCAGAGAGCGAGUCGGGGGGCCGGGUGGACAAGGCCCUGGUCCAGCAGAUGGAGGAGGCGUACAGCAGCCUGCCAGUCCGGCUCCCGGAGGUCAACCCCGCCCUGCACAUACUCUAUCAAGACUGGCUCCAGGGCCACGACUCGUCGCGGGCCGGCAAGCUGCUCCACACAAAGUACAGAGACGAGAGUCAGAUCCACACCCAGCCCCCUCACAUGCAGUGGUGAGAGGAGUCUGGUGGGGGGGAGGGCGUCAUUUAAAAUUGCUGCUUGGACACGCUCAUUACUCCACACCGGCCCCACAAAGAGCAACGAACUCUUGAAAGUCAUGAAUACUUUUAUCCACAAGGGGGAGCUGUCUUCCUCUAAUCAAUGGCGGCUCAUCUUUGCCAAUGUUAACACUUUGCUUUUACAUUAACAACUUGUUCGGGUAACAGCUGAUGGAACAAAUGAAUAUGAGAGGUCCAAAGUGGCCCGACGUGCCGGGCGAUCGAACCAACGAGUGUAGCAAGCGUGGACUAUUGACCAGUAUAACCAGCAAUAAGCCACUAAUACUAAAGAAGCUGUUAUCAAAACUGGAACCUGUGAACUCAGAUGUACACAUGAGGACUUUCUUUUCCAAAUCUCCCACUUGAAUCAUGUUGGUUUGUUAUUUUGUGUCCAUGCCACCGAUCCUCGACAGAAGACGUCAACUAUGCAACCGCGUCGCCUCACAGGAGUCUCCAUGAAUAACUUCAGUGGUCACACUAUCCGUCCCAACAGUGGGAGAGUCAAUAUUGGUACAAGUAAAGUUUUCACUUUACAGCACAGCAAUGUAUCUUUUUUUUUAAUAAGUUAUGUUUUGUUUGUUCUUUUACAAAUUUAAGCUUGUGUCAUAUCUGUGAAGAAGUAAAAUAUUCUGACAAACAGA